CUCAAAAGAAACCGUGUUGUCGUAAUUACGUUCCAAGAUGAUGAACAAAAUCACAUUUUGUGCAAUCGUCACCUUCUGCGCCUACCAAAUAUUGGGCCUCCCAGUGAUCAGCGACGAUGCCGAACAGCGAGCUGGAAAAUUCGAAGGCGACAUCGUUCUGUCGUCGGAACAACGUAUGGCACUAGCCGGCCUCCGCAAUGGACUGUCGGCCGAUCGGUAUCGGUGGCCAAACAACACCGUUUUCUACCGUAUCAUUUCGGACAAUUUCACAACAGAGCACGUCGGCCACAUUCACCGAGCCCUGGACACAAUCGGCAAUGUGUCCUGCAUAAGUUUUAUCGAAGCCGACGAAAAUGCAACGGCCUUCGUUCGAGUCGUUGGGGACGACGUGGGUUGUUUUUCGGCAGUUGGAUACCAAGGUUCCGUGCAGGAUUUGAACCUGGCGCCCAAUGGAUGCUUCCGACUGGGAACGAUCAUUCACGAGUUUCUGCACGCACUUGGGUUCUUCCACAUGCAGAGUGCCACCGAACGGGAUGAAUACGUGACCAUUGUGUGGGACAAUAUCAGACGGGGUGUGGAGCGCAACUUCCAAAAGUACAAUUCCAGUUUUGUGACAGGGUUCAACGUAGAAUACGACUACGGAAGUGUGCUGCAUUACUCGGCUACGGCUUUCAGUGUCAAUGGGAACCGGACCAUCGUACCGAGGAACGAAAACGUAACCAUCGGACAACGCACGGGGAUGAGCGACGGCGACGUCACCAAGCUCAACCGAAUGUAUAGCUGCGACGACGCUGCGAGUGAUAAUGUGGAGGCGCGUGGUUGAUGUUAAAAUGGGGAAAUAAAUAUCAAUAACAUGCGAAAGUCAUUUGUUU